AUGAGUUUGCAAGUAAAUUGGAUAUUGAUUGGAAUACCUGCUGAAGUUGGAUUCUUCAGUACAAAUACACGAGACAUUGACAUAAUCAGUUUUGAUAGCACUUUGAUUACACCCACAACUAAUAGUUGGAAUGUAAUGCUAAAAGUUCAAAAUGGGUUAAAACACUAUUCGACUCUUUUUACUUCGUUUACAUACCCUCUGUCGAACUAUGAGCCGAAUUUCAUAGCAACUUUUCAAGGUUAUGAUAACAAAAAGAGAGAAAUUGAGGUCAAUGUAUAUGAUCCAGAAUUUACUAAUAGAUCUAUUGAUGAAAAAUUUGAUGAUGAGAAUUUCGUUUCUGAACAGAAAUAUUCAAUCCAAUGGUGUGUUCUUAUACUUCCAGAAAAUCAAAAGUUCGUCAAAGCAGAUAUUGGUUUUGAUAUUUUAAUUAAUUUGAGAACAAUAGGUCAAAGUAUCGAUUAUGAUUUUGCUUCAUGA